AUGGGGUUAGCCAGUAUUGUGCCAAUUUUGAAAAAGAAUGGACAAAUCCAUGCUUGUGUUGAGUUCAGGGAUUUAAAUAAAGCGUGCCCAAAAGAUGGGUUUCUAUUAUCAAUACCAGAAUUGAUGGUGAACAUUGCUUCGACACAUAAGAUCUUCCUUUUCAUGGAUGGACCAUCAGUUUACAACCAAAUCAAGUUGGCUCUAGAAGAUGCAGCACUUACAACUUUCAGGACGCCGAUUGGGAUUUUUUUCUACACAGUAAUGUCAUUCGUGUUGAAGAAUGCUGAAGAAACAUAUCAACAAGCUAUGACGAUGAUCGUUGAUGACCUCAUCCACAAUCAGGUGGAAUGCUACGUGGAAGAUUUGGGAGAUAACACCCAUGAAGACACUCUAGCGAAACUUGCUAAAGAACUGGCGUGUCCACUGGAGGAUUCCCUUGACACUACAGUACAAGAAUGUCAGGUUUUGUCUGAGAUCGGCCUCAACAAUCUACAGAUGUUCAGAAAAGAAGAAGAGAUGACGAUCACAGUAGCUGACAUUAACAAAGAUUGA